GAGCACCCAAGGCCGGCUUGCAUCACAGCUCAACCUCUCCCUCUGGCCACCCCUGCUGCAGUUCCCCUCCAUCUCACAGGCGUGAUCCCGACCCUAAACUCCAUCUCCCUCACUUCUGGGGAAACCGGACAUGCCAGGACUUUGCUCAGUGGGUUGCGAAGGAUGAAGCAGGCCUUCUGAGUCGUAGGAGUCUGGAGAGUUUGGAGUGGCCCGUCCGAGAAGGAAGACUUCCAUUCUGCUGUGGACCCCUAGCUGAGAGCGUGGAGAGCCCAAUGGCUGCAAAACCCCAGCCCGACGCUCCCAACGCCAAGAGUCCAGGCAGCAGCGCCAGCAGCGGGGCGGCCCCUCAGGGCCAGUGGGGCCGUGCCUGGGAGGUGGACUGGUUCUCGCUGGCCAGCGUCGUCUUCCUGCUGCUCUUCGCGCCUUUCAUCGUGUACUACUUCAUCAUGGCGUGUGACCAGUACCGCUGCUCCCUCGCCGCCCCCGUGCUGGACCUCGCCGCCGGGCGCACGCGCCUCGCAGACAUCUGGGCCAAGACGCCGUCUGUGACCAAGAAAGCGGCGCAGCUCUACACCUUGUGGGUCACGUUCCAGGUGUUUCUGUACUUGGCGCUGCCUGACUUCUGCCACAAGUUUCUGCCCGGCUACGUGGGAGGCGUUCAAGAGGGCGCCGUGACCCCCGCAGGGGCGAUCAACAAGUAUCAGAUCAACGGCCUGCAAGCGUGGCUCAUCACGCACCUUCUCUGGUUUGCCAACUCGCACUUCCUGUCGCUGUUCUCCCCAACCGUGGUCUUUGACAACUGGAUCCCGCUGCUGUGGUGCGCCAACGUCCUCGGCUACGCGGUUUCCACCUUCGCCAUGGUCAAGGGCUACUUCUUCCCCACCAGCGUCAAAGACUGCAAAUUCACGGGCAAUUUCUUUUACAACUACAUGAUGGGCAUUGAGUUCAACCCCCGAAUCGGGAAGUGGUUUGACUUCAAGCUCUUCUUCAACGGCCGCCCCGGCAUCGUGGCCUGGACCCUCAUCAACCUGUCCUUCGCGGCCAAGCAGCGGGAGCUCCACGGCCAGGUGACCAACGCCAUGGUCCUGGUCAACGUCCUGCAGGCCAUCUACGUGCUCGACUUCUUCUGGCAUGAAGCCUGGUACCUGAAGACCAUGGACAUCUGCCACGACCACUUUGGGUGGUACCUGGGCUGGGGCGACUGCGUGUGGCUGCCGUACCUGUACACGCUGCAGGGCCUGUACCUGGUCUACCACCCGGUGCGGCUGUCCACGCCCCACGCUGCGGGCGUCCUGCUGCUGGGGCUGCUGGGCUACUACAUCUUCCGGAUGGCCAACCACCAGAAGGACCUGUUCCGCCGCACGGACGGCCGCUGCCUGAUCUGGGGCCGGAAGCCCAGGGUCAUCGAGUGCUCCUACACGUCGGCGGAUGGACAGAGGCACCACAGCAAACUCCUGGUGUCGGGCUUCUGGGGCAUGGCCCGCCACCUCAACUACACGGGCGACCUGAUGGGCAGCCUGGCGUACUGCCUGGCCUGCGGCGGGGGCCACCUGCUGCCCUACUUCUACAUCAUCUACAUGACCAUCCUGCUGGUCCACCGCUGCCUCCGGGACGAGCACCGCUGCGCCAGCAAGUAUGGCAGCGACUGGGCGCGCUACACGGCCGCCGUGCCUCACCGCCUGCUGCCUGGCCUCUUCUGACGCCCUAUCUCAUGCCCGGUCUGCUGGGGCUCCCCCGGGGCCUUCCGAUUCCCCAUCCGGGAGAUCAGAGAGCUGGGCCCUCGGUGCGUCCCCUCCCCUUGUCCCAAGGCAAGCUCGGGUUGAUGCUGCCUGCCUGCUCCCGGCAGAAGUGACCGGCGUCCCCUGUGUGGGUCCUGCAGACAGCCCGCGGUGACAUCUCUCCUCCGUGUCAUCAGCCUGAGCUGCUGCGCUGCCCAGAUAUACCGCUGUCUGGCACUGGUCGGACAUCUUCGGCUCCCUCCCACUCCGUCUCUCUAAAUCGAGCGGGAGUGGACAGAGGCAGCGCUCCGGGUGCCAAUUUACUGCCAUCGGGCUCCAGACGCACUUUUCCUCACCCGCUCUGCCACCGUGAGCUGGGCCCUGGGGACACUUCUCCUUUGCUGCACGCACGAUGUUAAAUUUGAGGGAUGCUGCACCGGGAAGGGGGCUUCUCUUUCUAGUCCCGGUGGUUCCACUUCAUUCCCUUGUCGCCCGUGGCUGCAGGGGUGCAGUGGGGGAACAGCCAAGGCACACGCCCAGACCAUGCCGAGGUCGCGGCAUUGGCCGUGGCCCCAGGGUCCAGCCCUCUGAGCACCCAGCCACCGGCCUGGGCCUGCCAGCGCUGCAGGGGUGCUCCCUGCUUGCCUGGUGACCGAACACCUUGGCUCAGGCGACCCAGAGAACCUGCGUGCCAUCCCUGGGGCCUUCUCCAGCAAGAUCCGAAUCCCAGCCUUGAGGAGGGGAUUUCUUUCAGGUGAAUUUUUUUUUACCUUGGGCACUUGCCCUUAACCCUAGGAUUUUCUUAAAAGCUCUCUUUCAAGAUUACUGCCUUAGUUGACUUGGUAAUCACAUUAAACCUGCCCUGUCCAAA